UUUAUAAAUUUUAGAAAAAUCAUUUAAAUACCCCCAACUUCAAUAUCUUUAAAGCCCUCCAAAAUUUUGUUAAUAUGAAAAAGCUCCUUUACUAUCACAAUGCCUCAUUAAACCUGGGUCAUUUCAAAAAUCACCCAAAGUUUAGCAAAAAUUUAAUUUGGCCCUUGCUUAAUUUUAAGGUCUACCUGCUGUUCUUAUUGGAAAGCAGCGGCCGCGACCUUGUCGCCACCGCGUCGAGGUGGCUCCAUCGUCGCUCCGCCGCUCCUUUUCCUACCGUAUUUUCCAUCCACGUCGCGCUCAAGACAUGGGAUGCCGCUCCCUUCUUCGUGUAGAUUCCGGACUGCCCGGGACUGGAAUUCGAGGAAUCGAGGCUGUUGGUAUCCUCGCCACAUCCUCAUCUUCCUGCUUUUCUCACGCCACCACCUCUUCCGAAAUUCCUGUGGACGAGGGGGGAGAGGAAACCUCGCUGUUGGUGGCACGACGCGACAGGGAGGAACCCGGGAAAGAGGCGAUGACGGCGGCGGCGGCCGGGGCCGGAGAGGAAGACUGGGACCCGUGUGACUACGAGAUGCGGAUCGAUGUGUCGGACGAUACGGCUCAUCAGAUUAGCACCGAUCCUUGGUACCAAGUCGCCUUUGUGCUCACAACUGGGAUAAACAGUGCUUAUGUCUUAGGUUAUUCUGGAUCGAUAAUGGUUCCUUUGGGUUGGAUUGCUGGUACGACCGGCUUAAUUUUGGCUGCUGCAAUAUCUCUCUAUGCUAAUGUUCUUCUAGCACGCCUCCAUGAAGUUGGUGGGAAACGACACAUCAGAUACAGAGAUCUUGCCGGCCACAUAUACGGUAGGAAAAUGUAUUCUCUUACAUGGGCAUUACAAUAUGUUAAUCUUUUCAUGAUCAACACGGGAUAUAUCAUUCUGGCUGGGCAAGCUUUAAAGGCCACGUAUGUCCUUUACAGGGAUGAUGAUAUCUUGAAGCUACCCUACUGUAUAACUAUUGCUGGAUUUGUUUGUGCACUUUUUGCUUUUAGCACACCACAUUUGUCAGCUCUCAGAGUUUGGCUGGGGUUUUCAACAUUUUUCAGCCUCAUAUAUAUCAUUGUAGCAUUCAUGCUGUCUCUUAGUGAUGGAAUUAAUUCUCCCCCUCGAGAUUACACUUCUCCAGGAUCACAUACUAACAAGAUUUUCAGUUCCAUUGGUGCAGCUGCCAGUCUUGUUUUUGCUUACAAUACAGGCAUGCUACCAGAGAUUCAGGCAACAAUAAAGCAACCUGUUGUCAGAAACAUGGAGAAAGCUCUUUGGUUUCAGUUUAUAAUAGGGGGCUUGCCACUCUAUGCUGUUACGUUCACGGGCUACUGGGCUUACGGAUCUUCAUCUUCGACAUACCUACUCAGUAGUGUCCAUGGCCCAAUUUGGGUGAAGUCGGUCGCAAAUGCUGCGGCCUUUCUUCAGACAGUGAUUGCCUUACAUAUAUUUGCAAGCCCUAUGUAUGAAUACUUGGACACAAAGUUUGCAAGAGGCAAAGGGAACCCCUUUUCCUUCUACAACGUCUCUUUCAGAGUCGUCGUGCGAGGGGGAUACCUCACUAUAAACACAUUUGUAGCUGCCCUCCUCCCUUUCCUCGGCGACUUCAUGAGCCUCACGGGCGCGCUCAGCACGUUCCCCCUCACAUUCGUUCUCGCAAACCACAUGUACUUGAAGGUGAAGGACAAGCUCUCCCUGCCUCAGAAGUCUUGGCACUGGCUAAACAUUGUGGGGUUUAGCGCCAUGUCCCUCGCUGCAGCAAUCGCGGCUCUAUGGCUCAUUGCGAACGAUUCAAAAACAUAUCAUUUCUUUGCGGACCUGUGAGUAUUUUUGAUCCAGAAGUGUAUAACUUGUGAUCGGGUCCUCAGUAUUUAUGAUGUGGAUAUAAAGCAAGUGUAUGUAUCCUCAUAAUUGAACUGCUAUGGGACGAGUUGACAGGGGCGCCUGUGCGAGCAAAUUACCCUUCUUGUUUUUUUGGGGGGUUCUCUUGCAUCAGCUAGUCAAUGUAUAUUAAAAUUGUUACUUCAUCUUCUACUCGUAUGUUUCUUGUGUGCUUAAUAAAAAUACUCUCCUCUUUGAACUUGUGAAAAAA